AUGGUCUUCAUGUGGAGCAUGUACGUAUUCGGGGCCAGCGUCUGCUUCUUUCUGGUGACGUGUGGAGAACGAUACAUGGUGACGGUGCGUAGACCAGAGGCGAUGCGUCUGAGUCCCGGGGACUACGUGUGUGUCAUGUUCGCUAUGGUGUUCAUCAUGCCGAUCGCCGUCCUGCGAGAAUACGAAUACCGGAUCGGCGCUGGCGGUUACAUGCUCUGUAUAUGGUGGAUGGUAAAGGAUCACUCGGUCUGUGUGCUCAUGCCUGAAGCCGUCCAAGAGUCAUGGCGAAGCAGUUGGCAGUAUAGGAGGACCAUGUGA